CAACAACUAUUCCCCAUGUUCCAUUCCAUGCACCCUGGCCUUUGUGGUCUCCUCCUAUAAUAAGGCUGUUAUCCUUACAUUUUCCAUUCCCCUCUUCCCCUUCCACCUCCGAAGUCCAAACUCUCCUCCCCUUCCUACUUAUUCUUCCUGCAAUUUCUACUUGUUUUCCCCUUCAUGUAAUUUGCGUUCUCUGUUCUAGCGUUGCAGAUUGAAAUUCCCCAUUUUUUGUGUGGGUCUAAUUACUUAAUCUCGAACAAUCUGCAGUUAAUUUAACGCUAUAUAUUAUAUUAUCAAUCCUCAAAUCUAGGACAAAGAAGUGCUUUAAUCUUUACAUGUGAAUUAACACCAUGAGUUGCAACGGAUGUCGUAUACUAAGAAAAGGUUGCAAUGAAAACUGCAUACUGAGACAGAGUUUACAGGGCAUUGAAUCCCCUCAAGCUCAGGCUAAUGCCACUGUUUUUGUCGCCAAAUUCUUUGGCCGUGCCGGCCUCAUGUCCUUCCUCUCCGCCGUCCCUGAAUCCCAACGACCCGCUCUGUUUCAGUCACUUUUAUAUGAAGCCUGCGGACGGACGGUGAAUCCGGUGAGCGGAGUGGUGGGCCUAUUGUGGACCGGAAACUGGCAUCUCUGUCAAUCGGCGGUGGAGACGGUGCUCCGGGGCGGACGUUUAAGACCGGUGACAGAGGAUCUUCCCAAUAAUAACAAAUCUCCGCCGCUGGAUGACCCAGAUGAUGAUGCCCUGAUGAUGGAUUCCUCCACUUUGGAGGAUGAAGAGGGUGGAAAUCGCCGGCGAAUGACGUCUAACUUGGUCUCCAGGAUGACGGCCGGCGGGAGAGUGAAGAGGAGGUCAGUGACGCCGGAUGAGUCCGAAACGACGACGAUGGAGAGUCGCUUCUAUUCCGAUCACUAUAACAGUUUUCCGAAUUCUACAGCCGGCGGGGAGGCGGAUACGAAGCUUCUCCGACUGUUUUUCUAAAUUACUAUCUAUAUAUUAACAUCUGCUAAUCAUUUUCUUCAGGGGAAUUUUAUCGGUUGACUUUACUUUCCGUUUUUAUUUUUUUUCCGGCGACGGAACCGGGAACUUUUUAGAGGUUGGAUGAGGCCGCUGGAUUUCUUGUCCAAACGAGAGAAUUAUGUAGAGCUUCUGUGAGAGAAAGAUGAGAGUUGCCUAAUGUUUUUACCACUUUUUUUCUUUUAACCUAAAAGUCACUCGUAUCUGUGACUUUUAUGAUUAAGGAAUAAAGAUGAGAUUUUUAUUUAUCAUAUUUCAUCAUCUAAAGCUUUCCUCUGUUUGCAAUUUUGCAUCAGUUUCAGAUCAUUUCUUUGUCCUGACCAAUCAAAAUUAGCUCGAUACAGAACCAUCUUCAGACAUGUAUGAGUAAAUUAAUUAAAACUCCCAUUUUCAGGGGUCUGGUUGUGAUAUUGGUAUGUAAUGAUGGAAACACUUUUGAUGG